UCUCCUAUUGAGUUUCCAAGCAUGUUUGACAUUUCCAUAAGGGUCCCGCCUCUGUAUUUAUACCGCGCGCCCGUUCAGCGCGCUCGAGCAGCAGAGCGCAGGAAGAAAGUGAAGCUGAAGUGAACAUUUCACGGAGUACUUUACCUGUUUCAAAGGGCCAUGAACAAGCUCCCCGAAAAAGGAUGACAUCUAAAUGUCGGUCUUCAGACAUUCUGCCACAAAACAUUUCUGCAGGAAGCACUAUGUUGGAGUCCAACAUCUCCAAAUCUUCACAGGACAGCACCGUCAAGAGUGCCAGCUGUGGAUCUGUAUCCGUGUUUUUUCCCAUCAUUAUGAUGGUCACUGGAAUGGUGGGUAACUCGCUGGCGAUGCUGCUAGUUUAUAAUGCAUACCGAAGAAAAGAAAACAAAAGAAAGAAAUCGUUUCUGCUUUGCAUUGGGUCGCUGGCAUUGACUGAUCUUUUCGGCCAGUUGCUCACGAGUCCCAUAGUCAUUUCGGUUUACAGAGCAGAUCUGAAAUGGGAAAAAGUGGACUCGUCAGGAACUCUCUGCGCUUUCUUCGGCGUGUGCAUGACCACUUUUGGUCUAUGCUCUCUUUUUUUUGCGAGUGCCAUGGCUAUUGAAAGGGCCUUAGCCAUUACUGCUCCUCACUGGUACUCGAAUUACAUGAACACCAACUUGACCAAACAAAUUCUGGUCAUUAUUUGGUGUUUAGUUUUGCUCUUUGCGUUGUUGCCCGUUGCUGGCGUGGGAAAAUAUACUUUGCAGUGGCCAGGCACUUGGUGUUUUAUAAGUACAGGUGAUAAGGACGUAACGGGAAAUACGUUUUUUGCCACCACUUUUGCAUUGCUGGGGAUAUUUUCAUUGCUCGUCACUUUAUCUUGUAAUUUUGUGACCAUACGUGCAUUGGUUACGCGGUGUAAAUCGAAGCUAAGCUCGACUCAGUCAUCCAAGCAAUGGGAGAGGUUAACAACAGAGACUGUUAUUCAGUUGAUGGGCAUUAUGUGUGUCCUGUUGACAUGUUGGUCACCUCUGCUGAUUCUUAUGCUAAAGAUGAUCUCAACCCACACAUCCUCUCAUCACUGCAAGUCUGCCGCUGCAUCUCUCUCACACAAUCAGGACAUACAGAUGGACUGCAACUUCUUUCUCACAGCCAUACGCCUGGCAUCACUCAACCAGAUCCUGGAUCCGUGGGUUUACCUGCUUCUCAGGGAGAUUCUUCUGAGGAAGUUCUGCCAGGUUGCCAGUGCGGUAUCCAAGUGCUCACUGGAGGGGCAGAAGGAAAAUCAAUGUCCUCUAGAUGUCCUGAGUAAAAAGGCUAUUCAAAACGAUAACGUUCAGAAACAGUCCCUGAAUAUGGAGAACUGUAAUUUGAAUGGGGGGAAUGGGGAACAGUGACUGAAGUGGGGUUAAUAGCAUUUCAAAAUAAGAAAUACAAUGGAAUAGCUGUGAAUUGCUGUGAUGAAACCAGCAUGUAAUCACAGUCAGUCUUGUCUAGCUGACCUGUCACAGUCAAUAUACUCAAAGGGAUUUUGUACAUGGUUACUCAAUUAGCAUCCUUUGAAGUAAACUAAAUGACUGAACUUGACCGGUAAAGGUAUGCAGAACAGCAAUAUUAGUAAAUGAAAUGUGGCAAAACAAAAAGCAAAAUGAAAAACUGAUUUUGCCAGCUCCCAUGGAGUUGGUUUAAAUUGUUUUGAACCAGUGUUGGCAUUACAUAAGAAAACAUAUUUAUAUAAAUGCCAAUUGCUAGAUUGAAAUUAUAAAAUAUUUCUUGGUUGAAAUGGUUAAUAUAUGGUGUGAAAUAUAAAAUAUCAAAGCUCAUUUUGCACUCGCAGAGAAGCACUGAAUGGUCUUAUAUUCACUUUUUUAUACCUCUGCUCUCUAAAUUCAUUUUAACUUUAAAGCACAUGGCUUACUUUUAAAAUUAUAAUAUGUUUUAUUGUGCACACUUCUCAAUGCCAAGCCUGCAGAGCUCAUAACCACAGGUGGCUGUGUUUAUUGGUUUGAAUUGUUCCUGUUGAAUUUCAGAGUGAAGUUAAUGCAACAUAGAUUUGCUGAAUUUGUUGAAACGUUUCCAGACUUUGGUCAGCUGCUUUCAAAGUGACAUUUUGAAUGUGAUGCGCACACCAAGUGCCUCGCGGUACAGCAUCUGUUAAUCUGCAAGAUUUUAGAUAUUUCCUUAUAAUAAGAGCUGUCUGUGUGAUAAACUCAAGGCCCCUAAAACUCAAAUGGAAGGCAAUUUCACCUUAUUUAGAUGGCGAUUAGUCAUUAUAGGAAAUUACUUUUUCUAUGCUAGCUGUCAGGGGGCAAAUAAAGCUUUGCUCUUCUUUUUUCCAAUAUGUUCUUUAUGGCAAAUUAUGGAAUAUUUAAGAUCCAGUAGUUAUACUUUGAGACAUAAAAUGCGUUUUCUACCCAAGGCUUUACAUUAUUCCAUGCUGAUAAAAUGA